AUGCCGCAAAAUGAUUAUAUGGACCUCCACCGAAAGAGGCAUGGAAGACGACUCGAUUAUGAAGAAAGACAGAGAAAAAAACAAGCUCGAGCUGGCCAUGAACGCUCUCAAAUGGCUAAGAAGCUGCGCGGUCAUAAAGCCAAGUUGUACCACAAGAAGAGAUAUUCGGAGAAGGUUGAAAUGCGCAAGUUACUGAAGCAGCAUGAAGAAAAGCAGCAAAAGAGUACUGUGGACACACCUGACCAGGGUGCCGUUCCUGCCUAUCUCUUGGAUCGUCAGCAACAAACUACUGGUACAGUUCUUUCCAAUAUGAUCAAACAGAAGAGGAAACAGAAAGCUGGCAAAUAUCAAGUCCCUCUGCCUCAAGUUAGAGCUGUCAGUGACGCGGAGGCCUUCAAAGUCGUGAAGUCUGGCAAGACAAACAGGAAAGGUUGGAAGAGAAUGGUUACAAAGGUUACCUUCGUUGGAGAGUCUUUUACACGUAAACCCGCGAAGUUCGAGCGGUUCAUACGACCUAUGGGACUACGUUUCACAAAGGCUCACGUGACGCAUCCGGAACUACAGACGACCUUCUGUCUUCCGAUUGUUGGGGUAAAGAAGAAUCCUUCGAGUCAGAUGUAUACGUCAUUAGGAGUGAUAACGAAGGGUACCAUAAUCGAAGUGAACGUAUCUGAGUUGGGUAUGGUAACGCAAGGAGGAAAGGUUGUCUGGGGAAAAUUUGCACAAGUAACGAAUAAUCCUGAAAAUGACGGUUGUAUUAAUGCGGUAUUGUUGAUUUAA